AUGUCGGUGUGUAACGAUUUGCACGCCGAGCACUCGACGGCAUGGUCCCAGGCUGUGAGUCAUCCCUUCCUCGAGGCAUGUCGUGAUGGGACGCUGGACCUGAAGGCCUUUGACACCUGGCUGGUGCAGGAUUACCUCUUCGUCCUGGAGUUUGCCCGCUUCAUGGCCCUUGCCAUAACCAAGGCCCCCUACCGCCACUUCCACACCCUGCUGGGAGGGAUCAUCGCCCUCGAGGACGAGCUGUCCUGGUUCCAGGGCUGCCUGGGCACGCGGGGCAUCAACCUGGAGGAGGAGGCGGCCAAGGCGCCCUGCCAGGAGUACAUCGACUACAUGCACUCCUGCAACGACCAGCCCUACCCCAUCCACGUCACCGUGCUGUGGGCCAUCGAGAAGGCCUACCACGAGGCCUGGCACGCGCACCAGCCCCCCCAGCCCAAUCAGGCGCCCUACGACUACGCCACCGAGCGCUGGGCCAGCGAGCCCUUCAGCAAGUACGUCAAGGAGCUGCAGGCCGUGGCGGACGACGCCCUCGCCAGCGCCACCCGUGACGAGAGGACGGCGGCGCGGGCGGCCUUCAUCAACGUGUGCCGCCUGGAGCGCGACUUCUGGGCCAUGGCCUAUGAGACAUAA